AUGACAACUCAGAAAUCCCCAACCCCUCACGAAGAACAGGAGAGAGAACACAACAUUGUUCCCGAUCUCCCUGAAUCCGUCAGUCAAGGCAAAAGAAGAGAACGCAGACUCCUGAGUGCACUUGAUGCAGUCGAUCAGGGCCUCUUGCCAGAUAUGGCUGCAGAAACCUAUAAUUUCUUGUUUGGAAGCGUUGCUGAAAACUUUGAACGAUAUCUCCCGGCGGACUUGCUAUCCAUUAGCAACGAGAUAACAAGGUGGUCCGACGAGGUAUACAUAGACCAACAACGUUAUCAAAAGGAGAUAGCCUCGAUCAAAAGACAACGCGAUCGUUUAGCUGCUCAGAACAUAGAGAUAUCGCAGAGCCUUCUAGGAGCAGAACAGAACGAGGCUGAGUACGAAAAUCGGAUCACCAGCCUCGAGGCAGAGAUCGUUGACCUUCGUAAAGCCCAGUCAACGGUGUCGCCCCAACCCGCCUUCAAGAUCCCAGACCCUGAGUUCUUUGAGAGCUCCUCCACCGGCAUUUCUUGGGAACAAUGGAAAGAUAAAAUGAUGAACAAGAUUCGCGCUUCUGGAAACUCCGACCCCGUCGCACAAUUGGCCGUCGAAGAAGUCUUUGCUACUUUGGAAGAUAUCUACGGGGACCCCAACAAGAAACAGGACGCCCGACGCAAGUAUAAUGCUUUAUACCAAAGAGAUCGGCCGUUCCCUGAGUUCUAUGCCGAGUUCCAAUUGUAUGCGUCAACUGCUGAAAUCACCGACCAGGACCAAUUACUGGAAGAUCUGACCUACAAGUUGAGCAACGAACUCAACGAUAAGAUGAUCACCUCCCAUGCAACUACUUUGACUGAAUAUGUAAAGGACUGCCAAAAAUUCGAUUAUCUUUUGCAGCAGCUAAAGCCUGCCAAAUCCGGUAAAAUUUACGUGAAUAAAAAACUCGCCUUUGAUAUCGCUGAAAGAACAAACCUCCCCCUCGAACCUAUUAAACCUCGUAUUGUCUAUGGUUAUAAUCAACAAAAGGCUAAUCCUAUCACUCAACGUUUGAAAACAACCCUCACCAUCGGUCAUCGCAAGUUCCCUAAUGUUUAUCUAUAUGUUAUAGAAGAAUUAGCUUGUGAUCUCAUCAUUGGAAGAGAGUGGUUAGCACAACAAAAGGUAUUGUUGGACGUAGCCAGAUCGAAGAUCCUAUGGCCCGGAGAACUCAUGAAUUCAUUGGAUAAGGAACCAUCACGAUCGAUGAAAGGACCAACGCCCGAAGGAACUACACCUCAUCGGAUAGCAUUGAUCAAUGCUAUCGGAUACCGAAUGAACACCCGGAACCGGAAGAAUCAAUGCUUUACAGCCACAAGUUGGGAAAUCGAUCAGAUCCUAUACCAAAGGGAGCACUCUGUAGAAGAUCGCCCAGAAGAAACGGAACUGGAAACGCUGCAACGAACUAUCCCUAAAGAAUAUCAUGAUCUCAUUGAUCUCUUCUCCAAGAAAAAGGCAAAUGCUCUACCCCCUCAUCGGAAUAGCGACCAUAAAAUUAGAUUGACACAACCCAACAACUUGACAUUGUCUCCAUUAUAUCGACAAACGACCCAGGAAUUACAAGCUUUAAAGAAGUUCAUCGAUGAAAACUUGAAUCGGGGAUGGAUCGCUCCUAGUAACGCUUCGUUUGCUGCACCUAUCCUCUUCGUCAAAAAGGCUAAUGGGGAUCUGAGGUUAUGUGUAGACUAUCGGAAAUUAAACGAAAUCUCAGCUAAAGAUGGCUAUCCGCUUCCAAGGAUUGACGAGAUCCUCUCACAAAUGUCCAAAGCCAAAAUCUUCACGAAACUCGAUCUACGCGCUGCCUUCAAUGCUAUUCGAAUGCAUCCCGAUUCAGAGGAACUCACUGCGUUCCAAACUUGCUUUGGACAAUUCAAAUCGCUAGUUUUGCCUUUCGGAUUGUCAGGAGGACCCGGGACUUAUCAACGGUUCAUCAAUAAUCUUUUGAUGGAGAACCUGGGAAACUUCUGUACCGCGUACCUGGAUGAUAUCAUUAUCUACUCUACAGAUCCAUCAGAACAUACUGCCCAAGUCAGAUGGGUAUUAACCAAAUUGAAAGAGGCCGGCCUGUCUGUGGACAUCAAAAAAUGCGAUUUCUCGGUGUCACGAAUCAAGUAUUUGGGAUUCUAUGUAUCGACAAAAGGCUUGGAAGUUGACCCUGAAAAGAUCAAAGAUAUACUGACCUGGAAAAGGCCUACGACAGUCAAAGGAGUACGAGGUUUCCUAGGAUUUUGUGGUUUCUAUCGCAAAUUUAUCAAAAACUAUGGACGAAUCGCACGCCCUCUAGAUAAGCUCACGCAGAAGGGACGAACCUUCGAUUGGGAUCCGGACUGCCAGAAAGCCUUCGAAACACUGCGACAAGCUGUAACAGAAGCUCCGGUCCUGCAUUACUUUCAUCCAGACCGCCUCACUAAGGUAGAGACGGACUCUUCCGACGGGGUGACAGGUGGCAUUCUCUCCCAAUUGGAUCCGGCGACAAAGGAAUGGCAUCCGUUGGCGUUCUUCUCUAAGACUAUGAAUCCCGCAGAAUGUAAUUACGAGAUCCAUGAUAAAGAAAUGCUGGCUAUCCUGCAAGCAUUUCAGCAGUGGCGAGUGGAGCUCCAAAGCGUUGAAAAUCCCGUCCAGGUCUAUUCUGAUCAUCAAUCUCUGGAGAUCUUUAUGCGAACUAAAAAGUUGACAGCACGCCAAGCACGAUGGGCAGAAUACCUUUCUCAAUUCAACUUCCAGUUGGAAUAUCGUACUGGAAAAGCAAAUGGACAAGCUGACGCCCUAACCCGGCGCGACGGCGAUAUACAGAGCCAAAAAGAGCGGAUGGAGGCCAAUCGCCUCGGUACUCUCCUAAAGCCAACGAUGCUCUCCCCCGAAGUGCGAGCAGAAGUAUUAGCGCCUCUUGUGGAAGAUAUCGAUCCUGGCCUAGGACAGAUGCUACAGGUUUUGCAGGCUAAUCGUACUGCAACAGAACUAGGAGAACAACGCACCUUGGCACGAACAGAAGCGAACGGGAAAUGGACGUUGGUUGAUGGCUUAUUGCUUCGAUCUGAUCGCGGCCCACAAUUCGUGUCGGACUUUUGGAUGGAGUUGAUUUCGAUGUCGGGGAUAUGGUAUAUUCGCAAACUUGGAGACCAGAUGAGCGGCCCCUAUAGGAUCCUAGAGAGACGCGGAAACGCAUUCAAGCUAGAAUUGCCUGCAGAGAUCAAAGUACACCCGUACUUUAAUCCUGAGAAGCUCCGCAAAGCCGCAGAAGAUCCUUUGCCUGGACAAGUUCACGCACCACCUAUACCUGAAGAGAUCGAUGGCAACUUGGAAUGGGAAGUCGAAAAAAUACUUUCAGUCCGCAAAGUUUACGGACUGCUCCGCUACAGGGUUAAAUGGCGUGGUUUCGAUACCGACAUCGAUGAAUACUCACCUACCGAUCUUAAAAACUCACCGCUAGCACUAAAAGCUUUUCACAACGAGUACCCUGACUUACCCGGGCCACCGAAGAAUCUUAAUUACUGGUUAGAAUGCGCAUUGGAAGAUAAGGUUCCGGAAGAUCGAUUGGACGACAACGAGGAGAACUAG